AAAAUACGCUUUGUCUCGGCUGGCCUCAACUGGCAAGCAAAAAAAAACGGCCGCCUCUUUGCUUUCUAAAUAAACUCACUACAAAUAUUAUAUUUUUCACCAACCGGCCCACACAAUGGCUCCUGCUCCGUUGCUCCCGUUCCAGCGACAGAUCCUGGACGGCUUGCUUGACGAAAACGCCCUGUGCGUCGUUGCGCGCGGCCUGGGCCUCGAGCGCAUUCUCGGCGAGCUCGGCCGGGCAUGCGCAACCCCACAGGCGCUAGUCUUUCUCCUGAACGCCAGCGACCAGGAUGAGGACAGCCUAAAGCAGCUUUUCAUGCAGAUGCGCUCAGGCGACGGCACCAACGAGUCCACGCAGCUGCAAGUGAUCAAAAAUGAGACCAACUCAGCAGCACGCGCACACCUCUACCGCAAGGGCGGUCUGGUUUCUGUAACCUCGCGCAUCCUCGUCGUCGACCUACUAAACAAGCUGGUCCCCGUGGAGCUCACCACGGGCAUUAUUGUCUGCAACGCCAGCAGGGUGUCGGCCGAGUCCAUCGAGGCCUUCAUUCUGCGCCUUGUACGCCAACAAAACCCAUGCGCCUUUGUCAAGGCUCUAUCGGACGCGCCCGAGGCAUUCACCAUGGGCUUUGCACCGCUGGAAAAGACUCUGCGGGUACUAGGCCUGCGCCACGUGCACCUGUGGCCUAGGUUCCACGUGGCUGUGCAGCACGAUCUCUCCAAGGCCUCGGCGCCUGUCGUGGAGCUGCGCCAGCCGCAAACGCGCGCCAUGGUGGAGCUGCAGCAGGCCGCAUUGGACUGCGUCGCGGCAAUGAUCUCAGAGCUAUGCUCGUCUGCCAAGGUGCUAGACUCGGCCGAGAUCAACGUUGAGGCCAGCCUUUUUCGCUACUUCGACGCCAUGGUUAAGCGGCAACUUGCGCCAUACUGGCACCGGCUCAGCGGCCGUGUCCGCGGGAUGGUCGCUGAUCUGGCCAGCCUGCGCCGCGUCGCCGAGCUCAUUACUGCAUACGACUGCGUGUCGCUGCAAAGGUAUCUCGACACCUUGCUGAUUUCCAACAAGCCCGGCCCUGGAUCCUCAUCUGCCCCUGCCACAUGGCUGGCCAGCGACUCGGCUAAUAUCCUGUUUGCCGUGGCCAGGGCACGCUUAUUCCACAGGGUGCCCGCUGACCAAGUGCCCGAGGAGACCAAGGUGCGGCUGCGCGAUCUGGGCUUGCCUGAGAACAUUGCGCCAGUGCUCGAGGUGCCGCCAAAGCUGCAGCUGCUGGCGCAGAUACUGGAUGAAAUCGGCGCAAUCAACCAUGGCGCCUCUAAGCAAGGCAAGGAUGCCGGUCCCGUGCUCAUAAUGGCCGGGUCGUCGCGAGAAUGCCGUUUGAUCCGCAGUCACCUCGUCACCCUAAAUGACAGCGUUCGCCUUGACGUGCCCGGCAAAGAGGGCAGCGGCAGCGAGCACCCGCGCAUGAUGGUUAAUCUGCUGCGCGGCUUCUUCAAGUGGAAGGCCCAAAUGGCCAGACCCGAGAAACCGGCAGUUACCGGCUUUUCUGCACAGGCACAGGCGAGAUCAACGCCGCAGACAGCACGGCCAGCGCAACCACAUUCUAAUAACGGUCAGGGCGCUGGCCAGCUGCGCAGAUUGGCGCCACCGACUAAACGACGCCGCACACGAGGUGCCUCGACAGCCUCAUCGGGGGUCCUGCGCGCACCAGCGGACGAGCUUGAACAAGAGUCCGCCGAGCUUGCAGCCACUAUCAAUUCCAGGGACGCGGCGGCAGAUAAUGGCAACAGUAGCGGCGGCGAUUUACUAGGUUUCGGGAUGCAUGAGUCGCAGGCCGCCCAGGAUCCAGCGGCGGUCGAAUCUGGAUCCGAAUACCUGGACGACGACGCAGACGAAUGGGCUGAAACCCUGGGCGCCUUUGACGAGAACUUUGGAAUUCUGCCUGGCUCUGAGACCCUGAUUGUUCAGUCGUACUCUGACAGCUUGGGCCGACUGGAGACACUACGGCCGACCCACAUAGUCAUGUACGACCCAGACCCCGCCUUCAUCCGCGAAAUUGAGCUGUACCAGGCCCACGGGGGCCCACUAAAGCAGGUAUACUUUAUGGUCUAUGACAACAGCAUUGAAGAGCAGCGGUACUUGAGCUCGAUUCGUCGCGAGCGCGAGGCCUUUGAGAAAAUGAUCCGCGACAAGGCUACAAUGGUCAUCCCAAUUGGCGCCAAUGCAGUGCCCGGAAUUUCGGCUUUGGUGGGCGGGGGGUCGCCGGGCAGCACGCUCCUCCGCGCCAUUGUCAACCGCAGCCAUCGCGACGCAUCGACCUCCGAAGAAGACUCGGUGCGAAAACCAAUAGUGGUCGUCGAUGUGCGUGAGUUCCGCUCGCCGCUGCCCUCGUUUCUUCAUGCGGCCGGCUUUGACGUUGUGCCGCGCACGAUUGAUAUUGGCGACUACAUUUUGCACGAUAAUCUCGUUGUUGAGCGCAAGUCACUGCCCGAUCUCAUUGGGUCUUUGCGCAGCGGCCGCCUGUACAACCAAGCCGAGGCUAUGACCAACCACUAUACUUAUGCCGCUCUGCUUAUUGAGUUUGAAGUCAACACGUCUUUCUCGCUUCAGGCCAUGGGCGGGCUCACGGCGGAUAUUCAGUUCGGUUCCAUCAAUAGUCAACUGACCAUGCUUGUAUUGGCAUUCCCCCGCCUGCGCAUUCUCUGGAGCUGCAGCCCGUACGAGACCGUCAAUAUUUUUGUCGAGUUGAAGAGAAACUCCCAGGAGCCGGAUAUUGAUCGUGCUGUGAUGAUGGGUCAGGACGAUAGUGCGGUUGAGCGCGAGUCUAUUUACUCGCAGUCCGCCAUUACACUGCUGCAGUCUCUGCCUGGCGUUACCUUAAGGAACUACCAGGCUCUGGCGAAAAAGUACAAAAAUAUUAGGGAGAUGUGUGCUGCCAAAAAGGAGGAUUUAGACCAGCUUCUCGGCAACGAAUCAGCCAAACAACUUUACCAGUUUUUACACGCAAAUGCGACAACACAAUAGACAUUGUCCAUUUUUGUUUUUCUAAUUUUUCGUUUAUUGUUUUUUAAAGGGUGUAAAAUAUAUAGAUAGUCGA